AUGUACGUUUUGGAAAGAAGGCAAGAAUUGGAUAUAUUGUGGGAGACAUAUUACGUUGGGCGACCCGAGUGCAUCUACAUGAGGGCAUUGGAAACAUGCGACCGAAGAACCCGACAGGGGGAGAUUUUGGAGAAAAGGGGGAAACUCCAACGUCGAUCUCAUUUCCGGGGAAUGAGCGUUCCCGUCGUGAACAGAAAGAUUAAGGACGAGUUCCUGCAGUCGCUUCGCAUCGUUCUGGACCAGCUUAUGGAUCUCAGGUUCGUGCGGGUGGAUGAUAAAAGGGCAGACGAUGAUUAUAAGAGAUUACUGAAAGAAGGGAAAGCGGAAAUAGUGUGGGGCCUUCACGGGCAGGACCUUGACCGGAUUGAAUCCCUGGAUUUCGUCACACCUCUGCUGAACCUUAGGUACAACUUCUACAUCAAGAGACCCGAGGCUUUGGCCUUUGAAUCGAAUUUCUACUUUCUACCUUUCAACGUGCACUUGUAUGUGGCAUUGCUGGUCCUCUUUGUCCUUGCCUGCGCUUGCAACGCCUUGUCCCACGAAGAUCUACAGUUUUCAGUCGACACAGAAUUGAAGCAAGUUCGAAAGAAGGAGACGCAUCUUUCCACAGGGGACCGGGAGGCGAUGAAGGAGUUUUGGUCCAUGGAGGAUUCCCUGAAAUAUCUCAUGAUACACCGAGAAAAUUCAUCAGAAGCAGGCGAUUCCAAGUUCCCAGGGUUCAUAGUGGCUCUGGAUAUAUCUGGAAAUGACGUACCAAGUUCGAUCCUGGCAAUGGAACCUCCAAAAGAGUUGUGCAGAAACGAGCCAAGCCCUCUGCACGCACUGGUCGAGAAGUUUGAUGCGCACGUCUCUAGCGAUAUGUACAUUUUGGAAAGAAGGCAAGAAUUGGAUAUUUUGUGGGAGACCUAUUACGUUGAUCGACCGAGAUGCAUCUACAUGAGGGCAUUGGAAACGUGCGACCGAAGAACCCGACAGGGGGAGAUUUUGGAGAAAAGGGGGAAACUCCAACGUCGAUUUCAUUUCCGAGGAAUGAACGUUACUGCCAUGGGCCUCAUGGAUUACGAGGAGUUCAAGUAUUUGCUUCGAAAGGUUCUCGAGGAGUCCAUGGAUCUCAGGUUUGUUCCAGUGAAAAACGGCGACAAAGUGAAGUCCUUGAUAGACAGGAAAGCGGAGAUAUUUUGGGGGUCUCACGGACAGACCAUCGAACGAAUUGGAUCCAUAGAUUUCAUCACACCUUUGGAGAACAAAGGAUACAACUUCUACGUCAUGAAACCCGAGUCCCAGGCGUUCGAAUCCGGUUUCUACAGCAAACCCUUCGAUGUGUGGGUCUGGUCGGUCCUGGUCAUGUUGAUCGUCCUCGUUUGCGCCUGCAACGCCUUGAUCGGGAAACUCAACGGUGGUCAGGGUCAAUCCUACCUAUGGAGUACUGUCAAUGCUGCACUUCUACAAGGCGGCACCACGGAAAGCAGCGACAGGAGACCGUCGACGAGAAUGGUAAUGGCAUGGACGUACACCCUGGGCCUCCUUUGCUUGACCAGCUACACGGCCCUUCUCACAUCCCACUUGUCAGUCUUGCGAUUCCGCCUUCCUUUUCAAACCUUGGAGGAACUCGUUGAGCUUGAAGGAUGGAAAUGGGCCAUUUCCCUGGACGGAUCCUUGGAAUCAUAUUUCCGGGAGUCGGACAACCCGACUUUCCAAAAGUUCAUCGACCCAGAAUCGGGGAAGGUGUUCGACGACAAAAAAGUGACCGACAAACCUGAGUUGGAGGAGAAAACGGCAGUGCUAUUACCAGAGGAACGUGCCCAAAUAUGGCUGAAAACGUUUCCGGAAGGGAAAGCUUGUUCCAUCGUCAAGAUACCCUACAACGUGAGGAAUUCCCCCAAAGGAUUCCUCAUUCGGCGAGGAUCCCCUCUCAGAAAAUUUCUCAACUUCCAAAUCCUGAAGUUGAGGGAAUUGGGCAUCCUGGAUCGACUGCAGAGAAUGAAAACGGUCUUCGAUGUUUCCUCCACAUGCGCUGAUGAAUCCAUUCAAUUGCAGUCCAUCGGGAUCUAUCAUGUUUCAUUCGCCUUCUUCUUCUUUCUGGCUGGAAUCUUUUUCACUCGACAUGAAGAUCCUUGUUCCCUUCCUGCUUUUCGUGAUGGGCCCCCAGAGAUCCCAAAAUUGCUUCUCAUCUCUGGCUACGAGGAGGAUCACUCUGAUUCGAAAUGGAGGCGGCACAUAACCAUCGUUCCAACAGGCGACCGCCAGGUGAUGAAGGACUUUUGGUCCACCGAGGAUUCCGUGAGGUACCUCAGGGCACUUCGAGGAGAAAAUUCAUCAGAAGCCUUCGAGUUCCUACCCCAGGAGUCCAUCGUCGUACUAGACAUCUCAGGAGACUACGUACAAAAUGCGGUCCUGUCGCAAGAACCUCCAGAAGAAAUCUGUGCGAACGAUCGCAGCCCUCUGCAUGCAUUGGCCGAGAAGUUCGAUGCACACGUCUCGAGUGAUAUGUAUGUCUUGCAAAGAAGAGAGGAGUUGGAUAUUUUGUGGGAGACGUAUUACCUGCAAAAACCGAAGUGCAUCUAUAUGAGGGCAUUGGAAACGUGCGAUCGAAGGAACCGACAGAGCAAAAUUCUGGAAAGAAGAGGAAAACUUCAGCGCCGAUCUCAUUUCCGAGGAAUGAACGUCACCAUCGUGGGCCUUGUGAAGGAGAAGUUCCCGCAGUCGAUUCGCAAGGCUCUUGAGGAGUCCAUGAAUCUCAGGUUUCUGUUGGUGAACGACAGCAAGGAUGUAGUGGAAUUCCUGCUAGAGGGGAAAGCGGAGAUACAUUGGGGAUUUCAUGGACAGUCCAUCGAACGGAUCGGAACUGUCGAUUUCGUCACUCCUUUGGAGAACCGAAGGUACAACUUCUACAUCAAGAGACCCAAGACCAUGGCCUUCGAAUCGGAUUUCUACUUUCGCCCUUUCGAUCGGUGGGUGUGGUCGGUCGUGACGACGCUGAUCGUCCUCGCCUGCGCCUGCAACGCCUUGGCCGGGAGUCUCAGCGGUGGUCAGGGUCUGUCUUACCUUUGGGGCACCGUCUGCGCUGCACUUUUACAAGGAGGCAGAACGGAAAGCAGCGACACGAGCCCCUCGACGAGGAUGAUAACGAUAUGGACGUGCACUCUGAGCUUGCUCUGCCUCACCAGCUUCACGGGACUCCUCACGUCCCAACUGUCGAUCCCGCGAUUCAGUCUCCCCUUUGAGAGCGUGGAAGAGCUCGUUGAACUCAGAAGUGAAGGAUGGAAAUGGGCUCUUUCGCAGAAAGACACCAUGGAGUCAUUUUUCCAGGAAACAAAAAACCAAGCUUUUCUGGAAUUCUUGAACAAUCGAACCGGAAGAGUAUUCGACGAAACGAAGGUGCUGCAAGACGGAUUGCAGGAGAAGAUGGUAGUGCUUCUCCAGGAGACGAAGGCCAAGGCGUGGCUGGAAAAAUUGCCCCCAAAGGAAGCUUGUUCCAUCGUCAAGAUACCGUACGACGUGAGGAAGUCUGCCAAGGGAUUCCUCAUUCGGCAAGGAUCCCCUCUCAGGAAAUUUCUCAAUUAUCAGUAUCUCAUGUACAUGUGUCGUCUGGCUCCUUGA